UUUACCAUUAAAAAUACUCGCUAAAUAUUUGAUGGAAAAUAUUAUUUCUUCUAAGAUAUUAUUAAGCAAAUAAUUAAUUUUAAUUCCUUUAUAAUGACCUGCAUUGAUUUAUGUGGUUUUAUCAAGGAUGAAUGGAAGAUUCUUAGAAAAUUUAAUACGCAGAAAUGAAUAUGUCAUCUAAACAACAAAAAUGACGAUUAUUUUUAGAAUUCAUUUUCUGAUGAUAGUGAUUCUCCCUUUACUAAAUUCAGUAUGUUCUCAAUCAGUCUAUGGGAGGAAUUGCCGGGAAGUGUGGCACACAGGAAAGAAAAUCUCACAGGAAUAUGUGAUAGACGUAGACGGAGAUGGACCUUUGGAACCCAUAGCUGUUUAUUGCGAGAUGAAUGGCGAAGAUGAUCCCCACGAUGUAUGGACGGUAUUACAUCAUGAUUUAGAAACGUUAACUUAUGUCCGUGGAUACGAAUCGGCCGGUGCUUAUGAGCGCAACAUGACGUAUGGAAAUGCCACAGAGGCUCACUUAAUGGCAUUAAUCGACUCAUCUUUCUCAUGUCAGCAGUACAUUAAAUGGUCGUGCAAAGGAGCCAUGUUUGGGUUUUGGUAUCCACCCGAUUUGAGAAGUUGGUGGGUCGGCAGACAUUGGAAAGAUCAAUAUUACUGGGGUGGUGCCGAAACUGAUAGCUGGAGCUGUGGUUGUCAUCCUUAUUGCUACCCUACUAAGAGAAACAGCACUUGCAACUGCGACGAUAAUCCCAAGGUCAAAUGGUUGCAUGAUGAGGGUCUUCUACUGGAUACCAGCCGCCUGCCUGUGCUUGGACUACGAUUUGGCGAUACAGGGGAAUCCAAUGAAGCUGGGGAGCAUCUGCUGGGACCUCUCAAAUGCCGAGCAACUGGACACAGAAUUAAACUGAUGGAAAAUCUGAGAGCCCCAAUAACUUUAAUGACUCCACACUAUGGAGAAAAGGGAGCAUAUCCUCCACCAUUCUACAACUACACCUGGACUGUUGAGAUACCAGAAAAUGAAAAUAUGGAACUGCUUUUUCCGGACUAUGAUGUUAUUCAUUAUGGAUCAUACAACUCUGUUCCUGGCUGUAGGCACAUAGUAACAGUGAAGGCCAUAGAGGCAAAUACAAACAGAACUGUGAUUAUUGCUCGACAGAAGAGCCCACCUUAUUAUGCUUCGUCUGGAUCCAGGACCAUACUCAACAUAACCUUCACUACUUGCAACCAGGAUGAAAAUCUUCCCAAAAGCAGCAGAGGAUUCAAAGCUUAUAUUAAGAAAUCAGAAUGCAGAGGUUGCAAUGCAGGAUUAGGUGAAAAUGGUGAAACGACAAACUGUAGUUAUGUGUGUGGAAUAAUUGCAUCUGAAGGGUACCCAUUUCCUCAUCUUUAUUACUUUUCGUCCGAAGAAGACUUCAUCAACCACCAACACUACGUCCAUACUUGGAAUCUUCGCGUCUCUGGGAGCUUACUAGUAGAGCUCGAGUUCAAAGAUUUCGAUGUGCCAGCCACUGCAGGUUCCAGAAACUGCACGGAAGAGAAUGGUGUUCUUUGGAUCUACAAUGGAGAAGGAACCGAGAGGAAAAACUUGAUUGGCGGUUUUUGCAAUCUCAACAAAGAAGGCAUUAUCCACUCUACAACUAGUGCUAUGACUUUGGUCUAUGUCACAAGAUGGCGGAAAGUUGGAAACGGACGAGGAUUCCAUGCAGUUUACAGAGGUGUGAAAAAACCUGCAUCUGUUAACGAAGAUAAAUUAGUCAAUGUCGCUGAAGGAAAGCCUACCAAACAAUCCAGCACCAUGAAUGGCAGGUACGCAUUUUUAGGAGUCGAUGGCAACACAAAUUCCGCAGCUGGGUUUGCAACGUGUACUGCCACAGAAUUCGAAAGAGAUCCAUGGUGGCAGGUCGAUUUGCAGAAGCGAUACCAUAUUUAUGGAUUUGAAUUAUAUAGCACUAAAUCUGAAAAUCAAGAAAGGGCACCAGAAGAAGGUUGGCCUGAUGGUCAGUAUGGACUACCGAUGCCCGUUUGCGGAUGCCCUACCGGAACAGGAUUCGAGUGGAAAAAAGGCUUACGCUAUCAGGAUAUGCAAUACGAUAUUAUACAAGACAGCAAAGUCUUGCAUUGGUCCUGGGGAAUGCUUCUUAAAGGAGGACUUCAAAAAUUUAGAAUACCUGGAAGCCCUUUGCUGAAAACUGCCGUAGAACAACAUUUCUGCGUGAAAACAGAAAAUUCCACCAAACAUCGUAAAUGGCCACCUGGUGAAUAUUGCAUACUACAAUAUGGUGACACCUGCCCGGAGGGCUUCGACAGUGGAUACAUCACUUGGAUAGACACUCGUCGGAAUGCUUCAGAAAGUCGUGUCAAUGGAGCUUUACCUACUGGAAACUACACAGCAGAAACAACAAGAAUCUUUUUCUGCUGCAGAAAAGAUGGCAGUGCCCAGAACAUGAUCAGGCUGCCCAAAGAUGCCCCGUUCUAUCUCUUGAAGUUCCAGAAAUACUGCCAAAAAGUCGAAGGAAUGUCGGUGACAGAACAAUUUUUCCACUUCAAUGAAGAUGUGCCAUCUUUGCAGCCAUCGGGCAGUUUUGAGGAUGUGGACGGCAUGGAGAAAUACAAGAAGCCUCACCCUAGCAUAGAUAAAGGGUAUGAGAAAGGAAUAGCUUUGGAAUAUUGUUAUUACGAUAUAUCACAAAGUCUUCGCGGAUUUCGUGUAACAGUUGACGACUCAGGGCUCAUCAAUACCUUCACUCGAUUCUAUGAUGAAUUGUCCUAUAGCAUUUCCCACACGGAAGUUGGACUUUUUCUCAAUUCGUAUGCUUGUUACGUAUAUCCAGUCACCAUGCCAGAGUUUACUGUCUUGAAAGUCAACUGCUCUCAGCCAAUUUAUGGUCAGUUCGUUACGUUGCAUGUAUACAACAGAUUCGAUAGUCUUCGUUUUUGUGAAAUAAAAGUCUUUGCUAAAGAAUCUUGCGGUCAACCAUUAGGCUUGGCGUCAGAAGAAAUCUUCGAUUCGGCAAUCACUGCUUCUUCUAGUGAUGAUGUGGAAAAAUAUUCGCAUUUCCAUACAAAUGCAAGACUAAAUGCAAAUCAAGGAUGGUGUGCUAAACAUGAAAACAAAAAUCCAGAAUUAACAGUAGACUUAUUGAACAUAACUACAGUAACAGGAAUUAUUCUUCAAGGCCUGAACGGUGCACCCAAGAAAACUAUUGCGAAGCAAUUUUAUGUAUUUUUCAGCAAUGAUUCCACUAGUUGGGUAUCAGAAGAAGAACCUGUGGGACAACAGAAAGUGUACGUCUGUGACCAGUGCGGAUCCUCGGAAGUGUUUACUAAUGACUUACCAUUGAGAUUUAACUUCCUAAAAGGAAUUCGAGCCAGACUCGUGAAGAUACAAAUAAUUGAAUCUUAUGAACAACCCUGUUUACGUUUGGAGAUUCUAGGAUGUCGUGAAAGAGUGAAAUGCGAGCACACUAUUGAAACGACUGAAGGUUGGGUGAAAUCUCCCAAUUACCCCAAUUACUAUGGUAUGGACAAAUCUUGUGACUGGAUCAUCAAACCGAAAGAUCCAGGAAGAAAUAUCGAGCUGGACUUCAUCGUUUACGAUCUAGCCCAAAAAGAAGACUGUCUUGAUUCUGGCAGUUGCAGGGAUGAACUAAUUGUUUACCCUGAAUUUAAUAAAAAGAAAUCCUUUAUCAAGUCUCCUGAUGGUAAACUUUUCCCGAAGACGAUCAUCUCCAAAGGAGAAAUGAGGGUUCACCUACACAGUUGCUUUAGGAACUCCAGAAGUCGAUAUAGAGGUUUCCUGGCGAAGUUUAAAUUAGUUGAUUGCCCAGGUUGUGGUAUUGGGGAUUUUCAGUGCUCCGAGCAGCAUUUGUGCAGUUCUGAUUGUGGAACUAUCAUCUCCAUUGGAUAUCCUCUGAAGUACCAAAAUAAUCAUCGUUGUGGAUGGCUUAUUAGAGCACAGGAGUCACGCUUCAUCAACUUGACAUUCCAAGAUUUCGACAUCAUAGGCGGAGAGAACUGUCAGUAUGAUUAUUUAUCUGUUUUUGAUGGCGACAAAAACCACAAAUCCAACUUGAUCGGAAGAUUUUGCAAUGAAAAGAAACCACCCCCGCAAAUAAUCUCUAGCUGGAACACCCUCUUGUUGGAGUUUUCCUCGGAUGUUUCGGAAACUGGGAGAGGAUUUUCAAUCAAAUAUACUUCCACGAGUUUCCAAAUUCCUCAAGCACAAAUUGAUGAUCUACAAGCACAUGCCAAGCAGCCAGCUCCUAAUCUUCGAAGUUCGAUCCAGACAUUGAGGAAUAUCUAUUUACCCGGAUCCCCUUUUGCUAAAUCUGGAGAUCAGUCAGUGGACGCCUGGAUUUCCCUUCUGAGUAACAGAGAACAAUCAGCAUGUCCUCGCUAUUGGAAAUACUACAAUGGCAACUGUUACAGAGUAUUCGAUAAUAUAAAGCCCAUUCAGUGGUUUCAAGCCGAAGAUAAGUGUCGAAAGAUGCAUCCUGAACGAAACAGCCAUCUGGUUAGCAUCUUAGACGAAAAGGAGAACGCUGUUGUGCACUAUCUUCUCAUCAACGUGUUUGGAGCAAAGCAGAAAUCUCUAUACAUAGGUCUUAAUGAUGACGCAAGUGAAGGAAUUUACAGGUGGAGCGAUAAAAAUCCCAUGGUUUACACUGACUGGGCACCAUCUGACCGAACUAUCCGCUCUCAACCCGAUGGUGGCGCAUAUCAAGAUUGUACCAUGCUGCGAGUGGACAGCGGUCACUCGACAGCACACUGGCAUGACAUUCCUUGUUCUCUUGGUCUGUUAGCUUUCAACAACUUCAGUGGAUUAAAUUUUGGAUCAAGUAAUUCCAGCAACAGCCCCUAUGUUCAUGAUGAAAAUGAAAUAAUGUCUUCUGUGAGCCACUACAUCUGCAAGAUGAAAAGAAAUAAAACAUCAAAUCAGAUUGCAACUCAAUCCAUACCAGAACUAAUAGGUAGAAACGCAUCUCUUCAUCAUUCAACUGCAUUUGAAAAAAAGCACAAAUACUUCAUAUGUGAUAACAAUGAGCUCAUAUCAAUUCUAAAUGUAUGCAAUCAACUGGAGGAUUGUAGAGAUGGCAGUGACGAAAAGAACUGCACUGUUGGUGAAUGCAAGGAAUUCAAUUUUGAGUGCAAGAAUAGUGAGUGUAUCUCUAUGGCAGAAUAUUGUAAUUACAGAGAAGACUGUGAUGAUGGUUCAGAUGAACUUUCAUGCAAUUUCCGUCCUUGUUCUCUUGGUGAAUUUCGGUGCAAGAAUGGGCAAUGCAUCCCACAAGAGCAACGCUGUGAUCUCUUGUAUAACUGUUUCGACAAAUCCGAUGAAGAGCAAUGUAGAGGAUUUUGCAACCCCAAGACUGCAUUCCAGUGCUAUGACGGCACUUGCAUUCCUGGGUAUACUUUAUGUGAUGGACACACUGAUUGUCCAGGAAUAUAUCAUGAAGAUGAACAAUUCAAAUGCUCUAGAACAGACGAUCGAAAAGGAAAGGACGAGGAGAAGAAAUUGUGCUCACGAAGAAGCAGAAAAACAUGUUUGGAUAUUUACACUUUAGACGGCGUCCGUGAGAAUGGUUUCUAUACCAUCGACUCUGAUGGUUCAGAUGGUCCCAUACAACCUUUCACUGUCUUCUGCGAAAUGGGACCUACACCAGAUAAAGUCUACACCAUCAUCCAUCAUGAUUCAGAAGAGAGCAUUUAUGUGCGUUCCAACAGGGAUGGCCCAGGGAGUUACAGCCGAGUUUUGGUAUAUUCUGUGGGCAUAGAGAAGAUUAAGGCCCUGACCAAUGCAUCGAAGAGCUGCCGACAGAAUAUCAAAUGGGAAUGUUCCGGCACCGGCUUCUAUUUUGAUUCUGGCAAACCAUGGAGUUGGUGGGUGUCUAGAGAUGAUGAAAUCAUGUACAUGUGGGGUGGGGCAAAGAAGAACUAUACCUGUGGGUGUGCUGAAACGGGUUGCAGAGAUUCUAAUCGCACAUGCAAUUGCGAUGGUUUGCAACGGUUUGAGAAGGCUGUAGAUGAAGGCACAUUAACAGAUAAGAACACCCUGCCAGUUAAAGAGGUUAGAUUCGGAUUUACUGCUGGAACAGGACAAUCUGGAUAUCACACUAUUGGACCUCUGAAUUGUUCUGGAAACGCUGUAGAGCCUGAGGGAAAUUGCACAAAUACAACGAAUUACAUGAAAUGCCGUACAGGUCAUUACGUUCCUGUCAUCCACAAAUGUCUUUACGAAUUUGAUAUGUAUGGAUAUCACCAAGGUUGUAGAGACGUGCAUCAUUUAAGAAACUGUGAAUCUUUUGUUUGUCCACAAGAUUAUGUUAAGUGCCCUAGUGCAUACUGCAUACCAACGACAUAUGUUUGCGACGGAAAAUGGGAUUGUGUUGCUGGUGCAGAUGAGGAAAAAUGCGAAAACUACACUUGUCCUGGCCAGUAUAAAUGUUAUAACUCAAGCUCCUGCGUACCGCUUCAUAAAUUAUGUGAUGGAAUUAAAAACUGUCACGAAGGAGAUGAUGAAAUUCUGUGUGAUUUGGUGUGUCCAGCGAACUGCACUUGCUCUGGACUUUAUGUUACUUGCCAAGGAUUAAAUGCCACAACGUUGCCUGACAACUUGACUCACGAGAUUCGGAAACUAGACUUCAGUUAUAACCGGUUGGACUUAUUUCAUACAAAUUUCUCGAAUUUCUGGGCUUUAGGUGAAUUAAUAUUGCAGUACAACGAGAUAACGAUUUUACCUCGAGAAGCAUUUGUUUACCUCACAAAUAUGUACAAAUUGGAUCUAAGUCACAAUAGCUUGGUUUAUAUUGAACAGUCUGCAUUUGCUGGGCUUAGAAAAGUGCGAAUUCUCAUACUAGAAGAUAAUCCUGAAAUAACGGAUGUUGGACCAGGUGCUUUUGAUGGACUUACGGCUGAAGGAGGCUUAAAGUUAUACAGUGAUUCAUACACUUUAUGCUGCAUGGCAUUGCCUCAAGUGCCCCUUAAUAAUUGCAUGGCCCCACCAGACGAGAUCUCAUCAUGUGAAGACCUUCUCAGACAUCCUGCACAAAGAACUUUCCUUUGGGUAAUUGGCAUCAUAGGCUUGUUGGGCAACAUGUUUGUCAUCUUCUGGAGAUUUACUGCCAAAGAUGCUCCAAGAAUUAGCUCUACCCUUAUCCUGAGCUUGGGUUGUGCCGAUUUUCUCAUGGGGAUAUACCUCAUCAUUAUCGCCAGCGUGGAUGUUUACUAUAGGGGCAUCUACAUUAAAAACUCUGAGAGGUGGAAACGCAGCGCCCUCUGUAAAACAUGCGGUUUCCUAUCGACGGUCUCCAGUGAAGUAUCUGUUUUCACUUUGGCGUUCAUAACCAUAGAUCGGCUUAUCACUUUGUGUUUUCCUCUGUCCCAUAAACGAUUCAGUUUGAACCUGACAUAUAAACUUAUCAUCACGUCUUGGGUUCUGGCAGCCACAAUGGCUGUCAUACCAUUAUUGGUUGAACCAUAUUUCGAAGGUGGUUUCUAUGCUCGUUCGGGAGUGUGCUUGGCUUUACACAUAACCAAUGAUAGACCAGCUGGAUGGGAGUAUUCCAUUGCCAUAUUUUUUUGUGUAAAUUCCAUGGCCUUUGCUGUUAUUGUGUCGGCUUAUUCAUAUAUAUAUGUUAACAUCAGGAGGUCUUACAAGAAUAUGAGCCGUUUGAUGUCUAGACAAUCCCGCACAGACAAGAUUGGUCGGCAAAUGGCUUUGAUUGUGAUGACAAAUUCAAUGUGCUGGUUUCCCAUCAUAAUUAUGAGUUUAUUGGCUAUGUCAGGUGUCAAUAUUCCAGGAGAAGCUUUCUCGUGGACAGCCAUUUUUGUUCUGCCACUGAAUUCUGCUACGAAUCCGCUGAUAUAUACCAUCUCGUCUUUACACAUCCGGGCGCAGUUACUAUCCAGAUUUGGACUCAACUCCGAGGAUACAAAAGGCUCAUGCAUCAACAAACUUUCCACUUCUCAUCCAAAUGAUGACAAGUCUAAGAGACUGAUGACGCGCGAUCAGCUGAAUUCUUGGCAAUUCCGACCUCCUCAAGGAUACGUCAGCUUGUUGCAAUAUCUCAGGACCGUUCCAGGACUACGACCCCGACACCUGUUGAAGAUAGCCACCUCGAUCGUUAAAACUCUCUCUGAACUUCAUGGGAGGAGCUACGCUCUAGGAGGCAUAGACGUGAACGCUGUCUUUGUUUCUGAUCCAGCUGACGGGAGCGACGAAAUUCAUGUUUACGUCCCGGAUUUCAAUGCUUAUAAAAUAGAAUCCUCCCGCAUCAGUGGCAUGCCGGACGACACGGCAGUGGACAUGGAAGAGUUUGGACUGCUUCUGAAGAAGAUGCUCAGAGUCUACCACGUGGUGUCAAGAUCCAAUGAUCCAAUGCAAGGAACGGCCUGUUAAACAGUGUCACAGAGUAUGAAAUUUUCUGACCAGAAAAAUUAGUUGUGAGCUAUAACGUUCAAACAGUACUACUUUGAACAAGUGUAAAACCAUAGAGAGGAAAAUAGAGGCUUUAUUCACAGAAAUUAUAAAGACAACUCAUUUAACACUAUAUUCCACUUUGACUGUAGCGCCCUCAUUCUUGGAAGAUGGAAUUAACAGGAAAUUCAUCACUCUGAGUCUGACUUUAUCAAAGUUAUAUAGAUAUUUCACUAUAGAUUAUCCUUUUAUUUUGAGUUUUUCUUCCUG